AGACGCGAUUGAACGCAAUUAUUUGAUAUAAAACAGUGGGGAAUGCUUUAUUUAAAUAGAAGUCUUAUACACUAAUUAGUCUAAUUGUCACUAAACAACAGAGGGAUCAACAUGAUUCUGUUAUACGCGCUAAUUGCAUUGUUAUUGCUUGUGUUGAUAUGCAUGGGAAUAGAAUUGUACCAAUUGUUGUCUUCGAAUGCUAAGUGUAUUAACCAACUUCCGGGUCCAAAGGAUUAUUUUAUCAUUGGGAAUUUAAAGGAUAUUCUAGUACCUACAGAUGUCCUCUUCAAGAACUUCAGACGCUUCGCUAAGGAAUAUUUUCCAUUGUAUAGAAUAUGGUCUUCGCAUCUUUACGGUGGUAUUUGCGUGAUAGGACCAGAUGAUAUGCAAACAAUCUUAUCAAAUGUCAAACAUAAUGACAAAGGCCCUGUCUACUUGGUACUUCAAGAAUGGUUGGGAGAAGGGUUACUAAGGAGCACUGGAGAAAAAUGGUUGAUGCGUAGGAAGAUUCUUACGCCCACGUUCCAUUUCAAAAUUCUUAAACAGUUUAUUGCAAUUUUCAAUAAGCAUUCCAAGCAUUUUGCGGAAGAUAUAAAUACUGAUGGAGAAAUAAAUAUUAUUCCUCAUAUCCAUAAAUGUUCAUUACAUAUGAUUGCUGAAGCCGCUAUGGGUACGUGUUUGAGAGACAGCGAGGGAGAAAGCAGAUACGGAAAAGCGAUUCAUGACAUGGGAUCUUUCAUAAUGUACAAGUUAAUGAGGCCUUGGCUCUACGUGUACUUUAUGAAAUUCUUCACAAAAAAUUACUUGCCGGAAAAACGUGCACUUGCUUACUUGAAGACAUUUACGAAGAACAUCAUUGAUGAAAGAGAGAAAGACAAAGUUCCAGUGAACGUUGAAAAUGAUGAAGAUAUUUAUUUGAACAAAAAACAUCAUUUGGCGAUGCUCGAUCUUUUGCUGCAGGCCAAAGAUGAUCAAAAGAUCAGCUAUGAUGGAAUCAGAGAGGAAGUGGACACUUUCAUGUUCGAGGGCCACGAUACAAUUUCAAUGGCUAUGACUUUUUGUUGCAUGUUGUUAGCAUGUAACAAACAUGUUCAAGAUCAAAUAUACGAGGAAAUAAUGUCCGUGUUGGGCGAAUCCAAGGAGUGCGAUUACGAAGAUUUGCAGAAUUUGAAUUACAUGGAAAUGGCUAUUAAGGAGUCACUUAGGAUCUAUCCAAGCGUUCCGCUGAUUUCCCGAAUUGCUGGUGAGGAUAUAAACACUAGUACAGGAUUCAUCAUUCCCAAAGGAACAGUCUUGUUAUUGCACAUCUACGAUACACACCACAACCCAGAUCUGUAUCCAGACCCGGAACGCUACGAUCCAGAGCGUUUCUCAGUAGAGAACUCGAAGAACAGACACCCGUAUGCGUACUUACCUUUCAGUGCUGGUUCUAGGAACUGCAUAGGUCAAAAGUACGCUAUGUUGAGCAUGAAGAGCAUGCUUGUAUCGUUGCUCAGAAAAUUCGAGCUGCAUCCAAUCGAUACGCCUGAGACGAUCAAAUUGUUCGUAGACAUAGUACUAAGGACUAAGGAAGGAAUCAAGAUAAAAUUGAAGCGCCGUGACAAGAUGAUGUAAUUGCAGUUCCAACUUAUAUUAUUAAAAUUGCAUUACAAAAUUGUACAAAACA